UCACUGGCUGACUUAUAAAGGAAAAUAAAAACUUUUUUUUUUUUUUUAUAAACAUUUUUUUUUCUUUUUCUACAUUUAUACACAUUCUCUCAAAAUGACUAGCGUUGAAAAGAAAUUGUCAAAGGCUGACGCCAAUUUAUCCAAGCCCACUCAAGGCCACUUCUCGAUGGUUCGCAACUUUUAUUUAGCCGAUAUCAUCACAUUGAUGAACGGUGUAUGCGGUGUUCAAUCCGUAUUGAGCUCAAUGCGUUAUUUAACCACAAACAAUGUAAGAGAUUUACAAACAUCCAUGGUUCUCAUGCCUCUUGGCAUGCUUUUUGAUUUUAUGGAUGGAAGAGUAGCACGCUGGAGAAACAAUUCAUCGCUCUUGGGACAAGAACUUGAUAGUUUAGCAGACUUGAUAUCAUUCGGUUUAGCACCCGCCGCCUUGGCAUUUGCAGUCGGUAUGCGUUCUUAUCUCGAUACAAUUGCCUUGACCUACUUUGUUUGUUGUGGUAUUGCUCGUCUUGCUCGUUAUAAUGCUACCGUAGCCCUGGCUCCAAAGGAUGAUACUGGCAAGGUUCAUCAUUUUGAAGGAACUCCGAUCCCCACAUCCUUAUCAUUGGUGGCCUUGAUUGCCUAUUUCGUGCACAAUGAUUUGUAUUUAGAUACUUUGCCUUUCCAAUUGUAUGAAAUUGCUGAGGGUUGGGAAAUUCAUCCUUUGGUACUCGUCUAUGUCAUUAGUGGUACUCUAAUGAUCUCAAAGACCCUUCGUAUCCCAAAGCCUUAAUCUCUGUCUUUUUUUUUUCUCUCUUCUCUCUCUAUUUCAUGUACACACACACACACUCGCAAAAAAAUAAAUACCCUGCUUCUAUUUUAA